UCAGGCUUGAUCUACGACGAGACCCGCGGUGUCCUCAAGCUCUUCCUCGAGUCCGUCAUCCGUGACUCAGUCACUUACACCGAGCACGCCAAGCGCAAGACAGUCACAUCGCUCGACGUUGUCUACGCCCUCAAGCGUCAAGGCCGCACCCUCUACGGUUUCGGCGGGUAAUUUUACCGCUGCUACCAGUAUGCUGUUCAAGGCAGCUAUUUGUUCUUCUCUUCUAUUACUGUGCAAUAGUGUAACAGCAGCCAUACUGCAACUAUGAGCCUUGGCAAGCCAUGGCUCUACAUUUUCAUCGUCUGUUUGUCUCUACGUGUGCUCUUAUUUGCUUGCAUUUACCUUUUAACGCAUUGGUAGCCUCGUUUUGUACGUUGCCUGCGCGCGAUGAGCUGUUUGCGCUUGUCUUUCGCAGCACGACGGCUGCUCGUCGUAUUUUGUACGCAGCAGCUGGAGCGUUGGACGAAGUCGCAAUCAAAGCAGUAACCCCUACACGGCUACAAGCGUGUCCUUUUCAGGUGGCGGCGUAUUAGUUCGACUUGAAUACCUCGAUGGAGACCGGUGUAAACUGAAGUCCCUCUAGAAAUACAUUCACGGUCCGAAAUGGACAGUGGUCAUGUCUACAUGCCUUGCAUCGGGACGGCCGCACGAUUAUUCUCUUUCGGGA